AUGGUGUACCUCAUUACUAAUGAUUGGUAUCUAGACUCGAAUGUACAGUCAUUAACGUGUGGCGAUAGGGUUACGGGCAGAUGCAUAAUUGAGCUAGAUGGUGUAUUAAAAUUAUCACAGAUACUAACGACAAACGCUGCCGUCGAGUACUCUAUUAAUGGAAUGUUACGAAAGCCUCAAAGAUUCAAAAGAAAUCACCGUGUUGACAAAAUACCAUUUAUCGUGGAGGCGCCCUUUAUUUUUCCUAAACUUAUGAACAUAGAAGAGCAAAGCGGGCAUAAUUGGGCAAUGGUGGGCAUUGCUAUAAUAGCAGGGGGCUGGGGAGAUGGUAGCCGAACGAACCUAUAUACCACAUUAUUCAUAGCUGAAUUCUGGUUAAAAAUGUUUUCCGGGCCCUUUAGAUUAGCAUUACGAAAAUUACCAAGACAAAUGGGUCUGAUUGCAUAUGAUGGAACUGUUCGGGCAACUUUGUUCACAAGCGCUCGGUUAAGCAUAGUAAGACUCUAUAAGGUUGGUCCGCACAGCACAACUAAAGUGAUCAAGUUUGAUAAGUCUAUUGGUUGGCACGUCAGUCCGGGAUUAAACGGAGCGGGGAAAAUUAUGGUACCCGUUCCGAUGAAUAUACCUCUGUCUAUGGAAACGACACACAUUUCCAUCAAGUACAAAUUACGAUUCACCGAAAAAAUACCUGGUAAACCGAAUUUCCACGUAAACGUGCCCGUCAUUGUUACCAGGAAACAUUUAGUAGUAGUGAAGAAAGACUCGAAUGUACAGACAUUAACGUGUGGCGAUAGGGUUACGGGCAGAUGCAUAAUUGAGCUAGAUGGUGUAUUGAAAUUAUCACAGAUCGUGAUAAAUAUUAUCGGCUUCGAACAUGCACAAAUUAGUGAAGCUCUUGAUAGAGAAAUAGGCAAAGGUGUCCACGAAUUACCAUUUGUGCUACCGCUACCAAACGAAGGUAUUCCAUCGAGUUUUAAAGCGACUAACGCUGCCGUCGAGUACUCUAUUAAUGGAAUGUUACAUAAGCCACAAAUAUACAAAAGAAAUCACCGUGUUGACAAAAUACCAUUUAUUGUAGAGGCGCCCUUUAUUUUUCCUGAACUUAUGUUACCAAGGCAAAUGGUAAGCGAAAAGCAAAUUGGCCUGAUUGCCAAUGAUGGAAGUGUUCGGGCAACUGUACCGUCAAGUGAUAUGAUUCUAAUUGAUUUUAUGGUCAACAAUCGAACGGCACUACAGUUGUUCACAAGCGCUCGGUUAAGCCGAGUAAGACUCUAUAGGGUUGGUUCACAUAAGCAAACCAAAGUGAUCAAGUUUGAUAAGUCGAUUGGUUCGCACGUCGGUCCGGGAUUAGACGGAGCGGGAAAAAUUCUGGUACCCGUUCCGAUGGAUAUACCCUUGUCUAUGGAAGCUACACACAUUUCCAUCACGUAUGAAUUACGAUUCACCGCAAAAAUACCUGGUAAAAAGAAUUUGCACAACGUACAUGGGUUGGGUAAUCAGUUGGGUAAUCGGUUGGGUCAUCAAUUGGGUCAUCACCUUUUGGUGUUGUUGUUGGAGUUACCGUUGGUUUCAUAG